CGCUCGACCUUCCUUUCGCUCCUUUCUCGUCUUUGCUUGCGGUCGCGAAAAAAUCCACAUCGCCAUCCAUCAGCCAUUGUUCACCUCCUGUCUUUACUUUCCCACUUCGGCGGAUAAUCUCGCGACGGACGCGAUUUCGUUCCUGCGCACUUGAUUCCGAGCGCGCUUUCGUUCCACGAUCCGCAACCCCUUAGAAUUUCUCAAUCGAGCGUGUCUGUCCUUAUCCAUCAACCAAGAUGCCUGAGUACGCUAAAAUGAAGAAUGCCGAACUGGAGGCUCUGCUGAAGGAGCGGGGACUGCCACACACAGGCAAGAAGGCUGACAUGGUCGCCCGCCUGGAGGAGGACGACAAAAAGAAAAGCGAGGAUGAGAUUGACUGGGACGAUGAUGGCGCAGAUGCAUCCGCAGGCACCAUACAAGCGGCGCCGGUGGUUGAGGCUGCGCCUCCCCCGGCUGCCGCUCCGGAAGCUAAAGUCGACAGCAAUAACACUGAAGCGGCGCCCGUUCAGGAUAAGGCAAAUGCCUCGCCAGCGGCUACGGAUCUUGCUGUGAAGAAGCCAGCGGAAGCCAAACCCACGGCAGAUGGCACUGCAGAGACAAAAGAGGCGCCCAAAGCAGACUACUCUUCUGGCAUAGCGGCAACGGACAUUGACAAGGAGCUUGAAGCGCGUCGAAAGCGCAUGGAACGUUUCAAUAUCAAAGCUGAUGAGCAAGAUCCUAUCGCUGCCGAAGCCCAGAAGCGACUGGAAAGACAGAAAAAAUUUGGCGAGCAGGCGCCAGACACGAAUAGGCUCGACUCGGCUCUGUCGGAGCGACGGAAGCGCGGUCGCGAAGGCGGUGAUGACAGAGGCGACUUCAAGCAAAGACGUGGUCACAGGGGCUUCCGGGGUGGUCAGCGCAGAGGAGGAGGAGGCCACAACGGCGAUCGGGGAUCACGUCAGGAACACAAUGGAGGUGGAUCGUGGAUGUCAAAAGCCGAUAGGGAGGCCGCCGAAAGGAGAAAGGCACGAUUUGGUUGAGCCGCCGAUUGCACAUGCUGAGCUAUGUGCGCGUCAUCAAAUCUCGUUGACUUGGACACGGGCGCAACACUUGAUACUUGCAAACUCUGAUUGUACGCGAAAUUGAAUGGCAAUAAUCUGUCUUUCACAGAAAGGAACAGCAUCUUACGGCAGUCUACCUCUUCUCACUUGUUGUACUAUUACCUGCGAUCUUGGCAAAUGAGGGAAGAAAGGCAGAUGGCAUAUGGCACGUUCGGCGAUAGCCUGUUGGCACGGUCAAAGCCUUUAGGGAAAGUUAAUCGAUGAAACAAAAAUUCGAUACCAAGUCCGCAUGCGGAAUGGCGGCGUUUGUCAAAAGAACCACACUAUGUUAGACACGCAAUGAGUAGUCACUCUUAAUGAACUCCGUGCU